CAACAGCAGCAGCAGCAGCACCAUCACCAGCAGCAGCAACAUUUAGCUGGAGCUGGACACACGCAGCACCCGGCCGCAGCAGCCAUUGCAAUGGGGCACAGCCAACUGCUGUUGCACGGAAAUGAGCGCAUGUUAACAACACCAGCAACAGCAACAGCAACAACAACAGCAGCAGCAGCAGCAGCAGCUUCAGCUGCAACAACAACAACUGCGACCUGCCAACAGCCAACAGGCAGCAAGACAGCAGCAGGAGGAGCCACCAACUCCCACACCCACAAUGACAAAAUGGCGUCAGCUAGCCGAAAUGUCAACGGAAGUUGUAUCAACCACAGUAGCAGCAUGUCCACCGCACAGCAACAACAGCAUCAACAACAGGCGCUGACGUUGACAAUGAGUAGACAGGGCCCCGGGCCAGGUCCGCCCAUGCAGCUGAGCAACCGCAUCACCUUGGGCGAGUGCAGUCUCAAUGACUUGGAUGGUUUUUCAGCAGCACCACCGGCGCCGCCGACAUCAUCAAUCGCACCACACACACCACAAGCGCCUCAAAUACUGCAGCAGCACACCGUAAUGGGCAUGGCCAUGGCCGGAGAUGGAGGCAUGGGCAUGGCCAUUAGCAUGGGUCCAGCGCUCAACCAAUGCACCUACUGCUGCCAGCCAAUUUGUGAUCGUUACAUCAUGCGCGUGGUGGACAACUCGUUUCACGAGGGCUGCCUCAAGUGCUCCGCCUGUUCGUUGCAUCUGGUGCACUCGUGCUAUGCGAGGGACGGCAAACUCUAUUGCCGCAUUGACUACGAAAGACUCUACUUACGCAAUCGUUGCCUUGGCUGCGGCCAUAAAAUCGCCGCCGAUGAGCUUGUGAUGCGCUCUCAGGAGAAUAUCUUCCAUCUGAAGUGCUUCGCCUGCGUCGUUUGCGGGGCGCUGCUGAAGAAGGGCGAGCAGUAUGUGGUCAAACAGGGACAGCUUUUCUGCCGCUUCGACUACGAGAAGGAGGUGGAGAUGCUGCAGGGCUAUGACUAUUAUGGCGAUGACCUGUUUCCACCCAAAAUGGAUGGGCGCCGAGGUCCUAAACGGCCACGUACCAUCCUCAACACACAGCAGCGACGUGCCUUCAAAGCAUCCUUUGAAGUGUCGCCCAAGCCGUGUCGCAAGGUCAGGGAGAAUCUGGCCAAAGAUACUGGCUUAAGUCUGAGAAUUGUACAGGUCUGGUUUCAAAAUCAGCGCGCCAAAGUUAAGAAAAUACAGAAAAAGGCCAAACAGGAGCCGCCCGCUAAGGGUGUCAGCGACUCGCACUCGCAGGACUCACAGGAGUCGCAUGACAGCAGUCUGACAGCCAAAAUCAAGGACGAAGCGCAAAGUGAUAGCGAGUCGCAACAAGAGUCGCCAUUCUCCACAGCCUCUGACGGACUGACAAGGCUGCGUUGCAACAUCAAGGACGAACAGGAGCAGGGCACUCUCAGCUGCAUGGAGACCAACAAGGAAAACUGCAACAAGAACAGCGAGCCCAUACUGAACACCAUUCUUGGCCUGAGCUAUGCUACCUUCCAGCAGCUGAUGGGUCCCUUCACACAGACGCCAAUGAUCAAUCCGAUUGAUCGACUCUAUAGCAUGCAGAGCUCCUAUUUUCGGCCCGAUGAGCUGGGCGCCUACGGCGAAUGCGGUGGAGGAGGAGGCGGCGCCAAGGAGCCCAUGGACCACUAGUCUCGCCUGCAAAAGAAAACGUUUUAAGCCAAAAUCAAAAUUAGUACUUGUAAAAUAAACAAAAUGUUAAU